AGGGCCUGAGCUGCUCGCGCCGCCGCCAUCAUGACGGACCGCUACACCAUCCACAGCCAGUUGGAACACCUGCAGUCCAAAUAUAUCGGGACGGGCCACGCUGACACCACCAAGUGGGAGUGGUUGGUGAACCAGCACAGGGACUCCUACUGCUCCUACAUGGGCCACUUCGACCUGCUCAACUAUUUCGCCAUCGCCGAGAACGAGAGCAAGGCGCGCGUCCGCUUCAAUCUCAUGGAGAAGAUGCUGCAGCCCUGCGGGCCGCCUGCCGACAAACCCGACGAGUCCUAG